ACACCCUUCUCAUCUCUCGCUUUCUAAUAAGAAAUCUGACACACUCCCUCUGUUUACCUCCCUCUCUUUCUUUUCUGUGUUCAGGGAGGACACGGGAGGAGGAACCUUAGCUCGCCUAGCCUUUCUUCUCAUGCUAGUAUAAAAAAGACAGCUAAAAGAUGGUGGCGGUUAGAUGUCCUCUUCAUUGAUUGAGACCCCAUUAAAAAAGAAAAGAGAAAAGAGAAAAACAAAGAAAGAGGUAAAAGCAGAAGCAUCAGCAGCAAGCAACACAACCACGUACUAUAAUAUCCAUCGUUACUGGGAAAAAUAAACUCUCCCCAUUAAUCUUCCGUUUCUUCUCCUCUGUUAACAUGUUGUGAAUAUAGGUAGCAUACAAGUGCUUGAAGCAGUGUGGUGUGGUAGCUAUGAAAAUGUUGCGCACUCGGUUUUUAGUCCAUAGUUAAUGCUAUUUGGGGUGUGAAAAGAUCUGGGUUUUCUCAGAGAACUCAAAAUUUAGUGACAUUCUACUAAGAUCUAGCUUAAAUGAGCCGCACAAGUGAGUGCUUUUGUCGGCUGGUUAAAGCUUAUUUGAAAAGCGGAUGAGGCUGAAAUCGAUCGUGUUUUGUAGCAAAACCGGUUUCGGUUGAGGAUUUAGAAACUGGGUCCGUUUCUUUGCUUUUCUUGGCUUCCAGAUGAACUUGUCUUUGAUGGUUUAAUAGUUUAGUCAUUCUUUUUUGGGUAAGAGGGAAGGUAAAAAGGUGAAGAACAGGAAGAAGAAGGCAUGAUAUUGUCAUUGUGUGAAGGGAAGAAAUUAGUGAAGAUUGUUUGGGUUGUGGGUCUAAACUUGUUGCGAUUGUGUUAUUAAAUCUCUCCCCCUCUCUCAGUCUUAAUGAGGCACUCUUCAGCUGGUUUUAAUCCACAAACCCACGAAGUGGAAAAGCGGGUGCUGAAUUCUGAACUAUGGCACGCAUGUGCGGGUCCUCUUGUUUCUCUACCUGCUGUUGGAAGCCGCGCUGUUUAUUUCCCACAAGGUCACAGUGAGCAGGUUGCCGCAUCAACGAACAAGGAAGUAAAUGCCCAGAUUCCAAGCUACCCAAGCUUGCCCGCACAACUUAUCUGUCAGCUUCACAAUGUGACCAUGCAUGCAGAUGUUGAGACGGAUGAAGUUUAUGCACAAAUGACCUUGCAGCCACUAAGUCCACAAGAGCAAAAGGAUGCCUACCUUCCAGCAGAUAUGGGCACCCCUAGCAAACAGCCAACCAAUUAUUUCUGUAAGACUUUGACAGCCAGUGACACAAGUACUCACGGAGGAUUCUCUGUCCCUCGGCGGGCAGCCGAGAAAGUGUUCCCACCAUUGGAUUUUUCUCAGCAUCCUCCAGCUCAAGAGUUGAUUGCUAGGGAUUUGCAUGAUAAUGAAUGGAAAUUCAGACACAUAUUUCGCGGCCAGCCGAAAAGACACCUUCUUACAACUGGGUGGAGUGUGUUUGUGAGUGCUAAAAGGCUUGUUGCUGGGGAUUCAGUGCUUUUUAUCUGGAAUGAAAAGAAUCAGCUACUACUUGGCAUUAGGCGCGCUACUCGACCGCAAACAGUGAUGCCUUCAUCAGUCUUAUCAAGCGAUAGCAUGCACUUGGGCCUUCUUGCAGCUGCAGCUCAUGCAGCUGCAACAAAUAGCCGUUUUACCAUAUUUUACAAUCCAAGGGCUAGUCCAUCAGAGUUCGUCAUACCACUGGCCAAAUAUCUUAAAGCUGUUUAUUAUACUCGUGUGUCUGUUGGCAUGCGCUUUAGGAUGAUGUUCGAAACAGAAGAAUCAAGUGUCCGUCGCUACAUGGGUACAAUAACUGGCAUAAGUGACUUGGAUGUUGUUAGGUGGCCAAAUUCACAAUGGCGUUCAGUCAAGGUUGGCUGGGAUGAGUCUACAGAUGGGGAGAGGCAGCCAAGAGUUUCUCUUUGGGAGAUUGAACCACUAACCACUUUCCCUACAUAUCCAUUUCCCCUAAGGCUCAAGCGGCCAUGGCCGCCAGGACUACCCUCUUUCCAUGGCAUCAAGGAUGAUGAUCUAGGAAAGAACUCGUCCCUUAUGUGGCUACGAGGAGAUGGAGACUGUGGAUAUCAAUCUUUGAACUUGCAGGGAACUGGAGUUUCACCAUGGGUGCAGCCAAGAGUUGAUGCUUCAAUGCUAGGUUUGCAAAAUGAUGUCUACCAAACUAUGGCUACCGCUGCCUUUCAGGAAAUGAGGACUCUAGAUCCUUCCAAAUCAUCAGCUGCAUCCUUUUUGCAAUUCCAGCAACACCAGAAUCUCCCAACCAGGAGUGCUGCUUUAAUGCAGCCAUGUAUGUUGCAGCAGUCUCCUCCUCAACAGACCUUUCUUCAAGGUGUUCAAGAGAAUAAACAUCAGUCUCAGACUCCAUCCCAGUCACACCUUAUUCAGCAACAACUGCUGCAUCAUCACUUACUUGACAGUCCACAGCAGCAGCAGCAGCAGCCAUUUCUGCAACAACAGCAACUGGCUGACCAACAGAUCCCAAAUGGUGUCUCUGCAAUAUCUCAAUUUGCUUCAGCCUCUCAAUCCCUGACACCACCAUUGCAAGCUAUUUCACUAUGCCAGCAGCACAGCUAUUCUGACUCAAAUGGGAACCCUGCGACGAGCCCUGCUGUUUCUUCCCUGCAAAGUCUUUUGGACUCUUUUCCCCCGAAUGAAUCAUCUCAUUUGCUAAGUUGGCCUAGAAUAAAUCCCUUGGUAACUUCAUCAGGCUGGCCGUCAAAGCGAGCUGCUGUUGAAUCUCUUACUUCCACUGGAGCUCCUCAAUGCAUGGUGACCCAAGUGGAGCAGCUGGGGCCACUUCACACAAGCAUCACUCCUAGUUCUGUUUCUUUGCCACCCUUUCCUGGAAGAGAAUGUUCAAUAGACCGGGAUGGUGGCACUGAUCAACAAAACCAUCUUCUUUUCGGUGUCAACAUAGAGCCAUCAUCUCUUCUACUGCAGAAUGGAAUGUCAAGUCUCAGGGGAGUUGGAAGUGAUAGUGAUUCCACAACUAUACCUUUCUCUUCUAAUUACAUGAGUACUGCAGGCACCAAUUUCUCGCUUAAUCCAGCAAUGACACCUUCAAGUUGCAUUGAUGAUUCAUGUUUCCUGCAAUCCACAGAAAAUGUGAGCCAAGGAAAUCCACCAACCAGAACCUUUGUUAAGGUUUACAAGUCAGGGUCCCUUUGUAGGUCACUGGAUAUCACCAAAUUCAGCAGCUACAAUGAGUUGCGCAGUGAGCUUUCUCGCAUGUUUGGCCUUGAAGGCCAACUGGAGGACCCCCUGAGAUCAGGCUGGCAGCUUGUAUUCAUCGACCGGGAGAAUGAUGUUCUUCUCCUUGGUGAUGGCCCCUGGCCGGAAUUUGUAAACAGUGUGUGGUACAUCAAAAUACUCUCACCACAAGAAGUACAGCAAAUGGGAAAACGAGGUUUAGAGCUUCUAAACUCUUUUCCAAUUCAGAGGCUUUCCAAUGGCAGCUGUGAUGACUAUGCAAACCGGCAGGAUUCAAAAUCUUCGAGCACUGGUAUAACUUCUGUGGGGUCUUUGGACUGCUGAACAAUUUAAGAAGUUAAGAUACCACUAUUUCUUCUGUAAUAUCAGCUUCUCUUCCACCUCUUUCAGUUUCAGAGGUGGAAGGGCAGCCUAAUCCUAGCGUAAAGUUUCAUAUAAGCUAUUACUGUAAUUAGAAAAUACUGUUUCUCGUUCUCUCAAGCUAUUGGAUGCCUACAGUUGAUAUUAGGAGACAAA